AUGAGAACCAUAAUCUCUAUCACACUGCGAAUUGAACAGAAUGAGCCAAUGCGAAUAGUCUUCCUUUCAUUGGUAGUUGAACAUAUGACCCCUACUUUCAAGUUUGCCGUAGAUCCUACAGAUUUGUAUGCAAACUGGAUAUACGACGCAAUAAAAGCACCAGGAGCAGAUAAUGAAGAUUUGAUUCGGCUGAUUCUCUCGAGAGCUGAGAUUAAUCUACAGAAUAUCAAGGACGCCUAUCGUGCAAUAUCAGAGAAGACCCUAAUUGAAGAUAUCGAGGAAGUGACAUCUGGAGACUACAAGAAUAUGCUGGUUGCUCUGGUCAAUGGAAACUUUGAAGAACUUCAAGACUGCAAAACUGAAAAUUCGUAA